AUGGAGGGCCAUGGUUUACCAAUGGUGGACGCCUUUGAGCAGUUAUUGUUGGAGAUGCUUCAGCAGGCUGAUUCGGUCAAACAAACACAUACUAUAGAGUCGCCAUUGAACAAAACGGAUCUUGCGAAUACGUACGAACGAAUCGAUCGGAUAUUCAGCGAAGUAGCAUCUUUAGAGUCGAAAAAACGCAGUCAGUAUGCGAUCAUCGAAACCGCUGUUCGAGAUACCUUCAACAAUUUACUGGCCUCUAUUUCUAUUGAAACCCCCUCUUCUGCUCGAUUAUGGAACCUUCUCGAUAUCAUCUCUAUUCUUUCCGACGACGAACAAUGCGAACCUGCCCUUUUAUUUUGGCUCGUUGAAGAAUUGCUGGAUAGUCAGACGAUUGCUGGGUGCCGAAGGAUAUUUGAUUACCUUGAGUCAAGACGUGAGAAGAUUACUGCAAAGCAUUUCGCCCAAAAAAACUUGGUUAUUUUGAGAAGCUGCAACGAGCUCCUGCGGCGACUUUCCAGGGCCGAGGAUACGGCAUUCUGUGGUCGCGUGUUUAUUUUUAUGUUUCAAAGCUUCCCCCUUGGCGACAAGAGUUCUGUGAAUUUACGUGGCGAAUUUCAUGUCGAAAAUGUCACGUCUUUUGACACCCUACCGCUCAGUUCGAUGGAUACUGAAAAGAUGGAAGUGGAUUCGGACAGCAACACGAAAACAUCUCCACCAGUCAUUAAGCCAACCUCAAAUGGACGGACCAGCACGGCGAGAGGUUCUGAAGAAAGCAAUGGUUCCGGCAAGGAUGCGGCAUCUCUAAAACGUGAACCGCCAAUGAAACCUGACGAGCUCUACCCGAUUUUCUGGCUUUUACAACAGAGCUUUAGCCAGCCAAAAAAACUGUUCAACGCCGAGAAUUUUGCUGAAUUCAAGAAUGGUCUGGAAGCUACAAUAGCUACAUUUAAGUCGGUACAGCAUGAAGCCACAGGGGGGCGCCCAGCGGCACGAGCGGCAGAGGAUAAUAAGAGAGGAACAAAAAGAAAGCGCAGUCAAGGAGACGAUGACUUAGCCAAUUCUUUCAACCCCAAAUAUCUCACAAGUAGGGAUUUGUUCGAGUUAGAGAUCAGCGACUUAUCAUUUAGAAGGCAUAUACUUGUCCAGAUCUUAAUAAUAAUGGAUUUCCUUCUUUCAUUAAGCAUCAAAGCAAAAGAGAAGCUUUCAAAAGCGUUACCAGAGAACCUUAAUAGAUCAGUCACUUAUGCAGAUCAAACACUCAGCGAGGAGGAUACAAAGUGGUCAUUAGAUAUGAAAAAGUCGAUUGCCGAAUAUUUGAAGAAAGGUGCGGACGGUGCAUUCUUCUAUCGCAUGGUUGAGACCGUUCUCUCGAGAGAUAAAAAUUGGGUUCGUUGGAAGGUUGAAAAUUGCCCUUCUAUUGCCAGGCCACCCGUAUCACCCCAAGAUUUUAUCACCGCGAAAGCAUCAGCGCGCAAAGCCACAACUAAUAAACGAUUACGCCCCAACCCAUUAGGAUCCUUAGACCUCAAGUUUCUUGCGGAAAACGACCUACAAAGUGGUUUAGAGAGGCUUAAGAAACCAGAACGGUACCAAAUUCCCUCCAUUAAAAGCUUCAAAAAUAAGAUCGAUCUGGAUGAUAUGGAUAUCGACAUGGCUCGGGACGAAGAAUCGAAAAAUGUGGCUAUAGAAGCUAAGGCAAGCAAAUGUUGGAGGACACUACGGAUAGCUAGUGCUUGCAAACUUGCAGCGUUUGACAAAAUUGAAAAAUCUGAUAGCAUCGAUGAAAUAUUCAAGGAUGAUGUUAAGCCGGAAGACCUCAUCACUCCUGGCGAUGAGGACGUACUAGAGAGUGGGGAGCCGAAAAUCGGAGAGGGUGAUGAGGGGUUAAAAUUACAGCCGCUGGGGAACGAGGAUGUGGAUAUGGAGCAGGAGAAGAAAGAAGAGCAAUCGAGCAUUCCACCAAUUCCUGUAACGGAAGUGGAGAGUUGA